UGUUUUAUUGAAUACAAGGAUUGAGUACAUUUGCAUGCAACACGAACAUUACAUUGACUGUACUACCAGCAAACUGUUGUUUGUUGUGAUUUAGAAAUGAUGGAAUCACCAUGGGAACGUUUUUACGAAUAAUUUUAAUGACAAUUCGAUAGAAUUCCGACCGUUCUUGUCACCAGUAGCUCAAUCUCGAAUAUUUAUCAAAUUACACAGUUGUGUACUUAAGUCUUCGAAGGGUCUAACUGAAGAACUAGGAGAGGAGAGGAUCAAGCCAGUGAGAACAUAAAUUUUGGAUUAUGGGGAACGAAGACAGUGGCUGGGUGUUCGACUCCCUCGUGGGGUUCCUGAAAGGGCCCAUUUGGUCUUCCCCGUUGCUGACAUUCGUUGAAGAGCGAUCCAUCAUUUUCGAGCCUGAAAUGGAAGACAACAAGGAAUACUUCGAGGCCUAUCAGGAAUACAAAAACCUGGUGGAUCUCCUCUUGGGUUCGUACAUGGAAGACAUGGGAAUAACACCUGAACAAUUCGAGCAUGCAUGUACUGUAAACAAACAGACGAAAAUACCUGUGCAGUUUCAACAGAGCCUCUUCGAACAAAUAUGGGCUGCGAACGAAUACCUGGUUUUCAAGCGAAUGAUGAUACAAAAAAAUUUGGAACUUCAGUUGCAAGCUCUCAGCAUGAUUGAACAGAAAUUUGGACUGACUCCAGCGUCAUUAACUUGUGGGCCGGAUACACAUCUCCCUCAGGAAGAGUUAGUAAUGGAUGAAUUACUCAGCAAACAAUCUCAGGAGGAAGAUCCAACCGAGGAAACCGAGGAAGACCUCAAGAAGGAGCACGAGAGAUUGGCCAACAAGUACGCGAGUGAAAAAGCGGCGCUGAAGGAAGCCCUAAAUAUCUCAACAAAUUCAUUACUUUCAUUUACUGACGUAAAAGAACCUUCGGAGGAUUGCCAGGCGACUGGAGACCCCUGGGACGGGGACUUAAUACCUGAGCUAUUGAAGAGACCUUCGCCCCUGCCUUCAAUCUCCAAUUUGCGAGUAGCUGAUGAGGGGAGAAGUGGAGGAGAAGCCGGACAACAAAUCGUUGAAAAACUGCCUAUUGAACCGGAGAAUCAGGAAGAGAUGAAGAAACGGGAGGAGUACCUCAAGGAGAGAAGAGACCAAUUGGUAGCGCUGAAGAAGCAGGCGCGCUGUCAAUACUUGGAAACAGUCAAGAGACGUCCAAGUACAGCGAGAAAUGUUGCUGAGGCCACGAUGAAGGGGGAAUCGAACCUUGAGAACACUCCAGCACCCGAUCCAUCGAUUAUUCAAGUACGUAAGGCACUCGCUGCUCGGCUCAAAGCUGAAGUGGUCGAUCCAUAACAACUCUACUUCACAUCAUCGAUUGCCUAAAGAAUUUUUCCUUCAUCAAUUGAUAUCGUGAUUGUUUAAGAAUAAUUGUGCAUUGAGAAAAGGAAUCGAGAGGAACACGUAGUGAAUUCGUAGCUGAUAAAGUCCCUAGUCAAUAAAAUAUUGUAUUUAUGGUUUAAUUAAUUAAAUUAUUAAUGCUUUUUUUUGUUACAAGAAACUUAAAGGAGAUUGACUAGAAAUCUGAUCGUCAAAUGUCUGAUUACAUCGACGAGAAAUAAAUUCAUUAGUAAAUGUAAUAAUUUUUCUUCUGCAGAAAAAACAAAUUCUUGAAGAGUUUUCUCACAUUUUGUUUUAUAAAUCUGUUCAUAAUUCGUUACCAGAUGAAUUUAGAUAAAUAAAAGCAUUUACUUCACCAUUGAAUAACAGAUUUACGUUUUUUGAGUGCAGAAUGAACCAGAACAAUUAAAAAAUUCUCUAGUACUUUAAUUUAAUUACAUUAAUUCAUUUGAAGUUUCCGAAGUGUCAGCGAAAGAUCAGUAGAAAUUGAAUGAAUAAAUGUACUGAUACAUAAAAUAUAUCUUCUGAAAUAUAUUUUCAUUUUGGCACGAGGAACGUACGACUCUUUUGUAAUUUUUUUUUUAUAAAAUUCAGCGCUCAUUAAAAAGGGUCUUCACAUUAUUUUCGUAAAUUGAUUUGUUUACUAGAGAGAUUCACCGGAAUAAAGCGCUUGCUCUAGUAUUGAUCGAGAAAAUAACAGAUUUCAAGUGCAAUACCGUGAAAAGUGGAUGGAAAAUCUCCGGACACUUCGUGACAAAUGAUUUUUUCAAGAUGAUUACAUAUAAUUUGUGACGCAAUGCCGAGGUCAGAGCGUGAGAAAUGCAGAAAUGACGUCAGUGGCGUGAAAUUUACACGAAAUUAUCUUAUUAAUACUUGCAUUACUCUCAAGUUUCCAGAAUGUUUGAGUCAUCGAAAACAUUCGAGGAAAUCAUCGCGUAAUAGUGGAGUAGAUUACUCAUGUCUCUGUAUUUUGAGGACCAAUAUGUUGUUAUUUAUUCGGUAGAAAUCGGAUUAAAGAUAAUUUUGCAAGUGGAAAAUUUCUUGCAUUCAAUGGAUUGUUGGAUCGGUUGGAACGACCCACCAAGAACACAUGGAAAGUAAUGAAUAUUGGGAAGAAUUAUUAGAAGAUUUCUCUAUUUAAAAAAUAUUACUUAAAUUAUUUUACAUAUAAAAUUAUAUACUACGUAUAAAAUAU